AUGUCCCAAAAAAAAAGAGGUCGCAAGAAAAAAGAAGCGGUCAUUUCAUCUUCAGAUAAUCUUAAUAAUUUUACGAGUAAUACUAUUAUUUCACAUAGUGAAAGUACUGGCAUUAAAAAAGGUCGUAAAAAGAAAGCCCAAAAAAUAGUUGAACCUUUAUCUUUAAAUGACAGUAACGAUAAUGUGCAAGGCAAAAAUAAAAGAGAUCCUCAAGACUUUACAAUUACAUCUUUAAGGCCGUCAACUCUUGAAACCGAAGCCAAUAAUCAAAAUAUGCAAACACUUAGUUCAAAAAGUAGUCUGAUUUACUAUAGACCAGUGCUAGCUCGAGAAUCAAGAAUUGAUUUUGAUUUUUCAAAUAGAUCUUCAAGAAUGAAUCCAACAACGGUUCCAGAUUCAAGGGCAAAUGAUCAAUUUGACCAUAUUUCUUUAAAUAAUACUUUAAGGUCAAGGCCAAUGUCACCUUUAGCAUCAAGAAAUAAUUCAAUGAAUAUUCUGAUGAAUGAUAUUUGUAACACAACGAAUAAUUCGAUUCAUCACUUUGGCACGAUCAAUAAAGUUGUAGAAGGAUCACAACUUACAUCUUCUAUUCUUUUCAGAUCGAAUACGAUACAAAAUCAAGAGAAUAAUAAGACUAAAGAUUGUCACGAUUUUUUAGAAGAAUUGAAAUACCUUUUUCUUUGUGUGCGAAAUCCACAUAAAAGUGCAUUUGAAGAGUUGGUACAGAAAAUCUUCAAGUGUGAACUUAAUUCUGUUGAAGGCAUCAAAUGGCUUCAUAUAGCAAUUAAACAUUUUAGAGAUUUUCGAAACAAAUUAGUUAAUAAUGUCGAAGAUUUAGUUGGAGAUUUCAAAAAUCAAAGGUCUACAACAGGCUCUUUGCAAAAGGAAGAAAUUAUCGCUUUUGUGAACGAAUCUGCAACUGUUAAAGUUCUUGAACGGUGGUUAAAUGCCACUAAUAUAGAAGAGCUAAAGGCUCAAAAUUCUAUACAUUAUUUAUACAAAUUUAUUCAACGUGCAUUUGCUAUCAAUUAUUUGUCAAGAGAUACUGAAAGGACGAAAACUUUGGAUAAUUUGAUGAAAAACAUCACAGUACCAUCGCGAAAUG